AUGCUUGACCCAAAUGCGGUCCUUUACAGUCAACCUGUAGUCCUCGACAAUGGAUCAGCAAUAUUGAAAGCAGGGUACAGUGGUGAGGAUAGACCUAAAUUUUUAGAGCAUUCGAUCGUAGGUUCACCAAGGCAUGGGUAUGUAAAUGAUUCAAGCAAAGAUGAUACAUUUGUGGGUAAUUUAGCUCAAGAACGUAGGAGUAUUUUACAGCUGCGACAUCCAGUCGAUCAUGGUGUGGUAAAGAAUUGGAAUGAUAUGGAAUUGAUCUGGGAUUAUAUGUUUAAGGAUAAACUAAAGUUAAAGGACGUAGAUGAACAUCCAGUAUUGAUUACAGAGGCACCUUUAAAUCCAGUGAGUAAUAGAGAUGAAAUGUGUGACUUGCUAUUUGAAAGUUUUGGCGUACAGGCCUUGUACGUGGCCAAUCCAGCCGUUUUAUCGUUAUAUGCUAGCGGUAAGAUCAGUGGAUGUGUACUCGACUGUGGGGAUGGUUACAGUUGUUCGGUACCAGUCUAUCAAGGAUAUACGCUGAAAUCAGCUAUUAAGAGGAUAGAUCUUGGGGGUAGAGAUUUGACAGAACAAUUACAGUUGCAAUUGAGAAAGAGUACCGGUCUAUCUUUAACCACUAGUGGUGAAAUGGAAUUGGUUAGAAUGAUAAAGGAAAAAUCGUGUUAUGUGGCCGUUGAUUUAGAUAUAGAGGAGGAAAAAUGUAAUUAUGAAGGAGAUCAAGUUGGUUUGAAGUUUAAAUUGCCUGAUGGUAAAUUUAUUACAUUAAGUAAAGAUCGAUUUCAGGUACCAGAAAUUUUAUUCCAACCAAGUGUGAUAUCUUCUGAAGUGAGCAGUAUACCAGAAAUCAUAUGGCAAAGUGUUAGUAAACUCGAUACAGAUCUCAGACCACAAAUGUGGUCUGAUAUUCUGUUGAGUGGUGGAACUACGAUGCUUAAGGGCUUUGGUAACCGUUUAGUACAAGAAUUGGAUAAGUUGAAUCAGGCACAGUCCAGGGUAAAGAUAUGGGCACCACCUGAAAGAAAAUAUACCUCUUGGAUUGGUGGGUCCAUUUUAGCGGAACUUUCCACUUUUCAAAAAAUCAUCGUCACGAAAUCACAAUGGCAGGAGGACCCUAGUAUAAUCCAUACUAAAUGCGGUUAA